UUAGUUUUCUCCUGCAUGCUGUCAGCUCCCUUCUGUCCACCGGCUUCAUUCUCAUGGGAGGGAUUUAUUUACCACGCUUUAUGUCGUUUUUUUCCUCCCUUUGUGUUUUUUUUUUAAUUCGGAGAAGUGAUUUGUGUUCAUCGCUUUUUAUUUGACAAACGGGAGUUGUGUUUUUUUGGUGGGGGUUGAUGUUAAUUGUACGUACCGCCUGCCGACUAUGCUGUAGCAAAAAAAAAAAAGCUUGUCGAAAAAUAAAAGUGAUGCAUAAGGUGGUUGCAAAUGACAUGUACUUUCCAUUUGUACGGGUCGGUCGAGGCUCUGUAUCACGCCCUUUAAUGUUUUCCCUUCAUUUUUCCAUCUGUAACGUGUAUCAUUUCCUGAGUGAACCAGGGGAAUGGCGAUGUGAUUUAAGCCGCUGCUGCAGUGCGUGCGGUGCUGCUUUAUGAUACGAGGAAACGGGCCAGUUACAAAUUACAAUAACGUGGUGGAGGCGAACUCUGAUUCAGAUGACGAAGAUAAGCUGCAUAUAGUGGAGGAGGAGAGCCUGCCCGACGCCGCAGACUGCGAGAAUAAUGUGCCAGAAGAUGACCUGCCAACAGACCCUGCAGUAUUACCAGAAGAUGGGCAAGGAGAGGAUGAGGAAGGUUGGGAGGAAGAAACAAAAGGAGAGGACACCCUGGGGCCUGACGCUCAAAAUAAUGGGUUAAAAUUGAAGAAUGAAUGUGGCUCAGAUGCUGAGGAUGAGCAGAACAAUGACCCUAUCGUGGAGGAGAUCCUGCAGCAGGGGGACACCGCUGUCAUCUACCCUGAGGCACCGGAGGAGGAGCAGAGACAGGGUACACCUGAGGCCAGCGGCCACGACGAAAACGGGACACCCGACGCUUUCUCUCAGCUUCUCGCUUGUCCGUACUGCGACAGAGGAUACAAACGCUACACAUCUUUGAAAGAACACAUCAAGUAUCGACACGAGAAGAACGAGGACAACUUCAGCUGCUCCGUUUGCAGUUACACAUUCGCCUACCGAACACAGCUAGAGCGCCACAUGACGGCACACAAAUCUGGGCGAGAUCAGCGUCACGUCACGCAGUCUGGGGGAAAUCGGAAAUUCAAGUGCACUGAAUGUGGAAAAGCGUUUAAAUACAAGCACCACCUCAAGGAGCACUUGCGUAUCCACAGUGGAGAGAAGCCAUAUGAAUGCCCAAACUGCAAAAAGCGUUUUUCUCACUCUGGGUCGUACAGCUCCCACAUCAGUAGCAAGAAAUGUAUCGGUCUGAUGCCUGUGAAUGGACGACCUCGACCAGGCGUCAAGCCUUCCCAGUGCGAGUCUCCGUCUCUGUCAUCGUCGCCCACCGCACCCGCCCGGACCCAGCUCCGGGAAAAGAUUGACAACGGCAAACCCUUACAAGAGCAGCUUCCCAUCAACCAAAUCAAAACCGAACCUGUGGAUUAUGAGUACAAACCUAUCGUGGUAACCCCGGGAAUCAACUGUGCCACACCUUUGCAAAAUGGGGUGUUCAAUGGAGGCUCUCCUUUGCAGGCCACGGCUUCAUCUCAGGGUGUGGUGCAGGCUGUGGUGUUGCCAACAGUUGGUCUCGUGUCUCCUAUUAGCAUCAACCUAAGUGACAUUCAGAAUGUUCUCAAAGUAGCAGUGGACGGGAAUGUUAUCCGCCAAGUCCUGGAGAAUGCUCACAUCAAUGCCACAUCCAAAGAACAAGGAACAAUUGGCUCAAUGCAGCCGGGAGGCCAUUCCCUCAUCUCUGCCAUCAGUCUUCCCCUCGUCGAUCAGGAUGGAACGACCAAAAUCAUUAUCAACUACAGCCUGGAGCAACCCAGCCAAGUUCAAGUCGCACCUCAAAGCUUGAAGAAGGAAAACUCGAGCAACACCGAGGUCUGCAAAACUGAGAAACUCCCCGAAGACCUCACCGUCAAAACCGAGAAAAGCAAAAGCCCUGAGACUGAAAAGAGUACCAGCACUUGUCUUCUUUGUGAUGACUGCCCAGGUGGUUUAAAUGCACUUCAAGAGCUUAAACACUGUAAUUUGAAAAGAGAAGGUGGGAGUCAGGCUUCCCAUGUCAAUGGGACAGAUCCAGAAAAAUCUGGUUCGUCUCUUCCUUUGGAUGGAAGUCUGUCUCCUGGCCAGCCACCCCUAAAGAACCUCUUGUCACUCCUCAAGGCAUAUUAUGCCUUAAAUGCCGAGCCAACCAAGGAGGAGCUCUCCAAAAUUUCUGAUUCCGUAAACCUGCCCCUAGACGUGGUCAAGAAGUGGUUUGAGAAGAUGCAGACCGGACAGAUUUCGAUGGGGGCUUCGAGCUCUUCCUCAGGACAAGAGACACCCCCGCCUGAAUCUGAUCAGACCGAAGCGGCUUCACCCUCCACAGGAAAAGCACCGGACAGCACAACGACCGAGGACAACCCAGAUACGUUGACUAAGUCCCAGGCUGUUUCCCUGCCGCCCUCCAGCAGGAGUAUAAAUGGAUCUGGAAGCAACACCCCUUCCCCCUCACCACUAAAUUUGUCUUCAUCCAGGCCUGUUAUUGUGAAGACUGAGGACAACUCUGAGGAAGAGGUGCAAGCAGAACCCCUCGACCUUUCACUACCAAAGCUACCCAGAGAAGAAAUGGAAAGAGCCACCAGUUCCAGUGUUUACCAGAACAGUGUUUUCUCCAUUCAGGAAGAACCUUUGAACUUGACUUGCACAAAGAAGGAACAGCUACAAAGUGACACUAUUAGCGCAAGCCUAAAUCCUAUUUAUGUUACCCCACAAAGUGCCAAUCCUAUCAACAUCGCUAUUCCCACAGUCACCACUCAGUUACCUACGAUUGUUGCCAUUACCGACCAGAGCAGUGUCCCUUGUAUUCGGGCACUAGCAACCAACAAACAGACUAUCUUGAUCCCCCAGGUUGCGUACACAUACACCACUUCAGGAACCAGCCCCGCAGGAACUGAAACCCAGCUGAAAACAAUACAAACAAAUGGAAACCAGCCCUGCAAAACAAAAAAGGAAGACACUAGUUCUGAGGGCAUCUCCACUGUGGAAGACCAAAACGACUCCGACUCCACUCCUCCACGGAAGAAGAUGAGGAAAACAGAAAAUGGAAUGUACGCCUGUGACUUGUGUGAUAAAAUAUUCCAGAAGAGCAGCUCUCUGCUGAGGCACAAGUAUGAGCACACAGGCAAAAGGCCUCACGAGUGCGGCAUCUGCAGCAAGGCCUUCAAACACAAGCACCACCUGAUCGAGCACAUGCGCCUGCACUCGGGCGAGAAGCCCUACCAGUGCGACAAGUGCGGCAAGCGCUUCUCCCACUCGGGCUCCUACUCGCAGCACAUGAACCACCGCUACUCCUACUGCAAGCGGGAGGCCGAGGAGCGCGAGGGGCCCGAGCCCGACGAGGGGGAGGCCGAGGGGGAAGGGGAGGCCGGGCCCGGGGGAGACGGCCUGCCGGCAGAGCCGCAGCCCGACAGCAGAGCCACCUCCCCGCCCUCCCAGCUGGACUCGGACGACAGGGAGAGCAGCACUCGGGAGGAUGAGGACAGCGAGGAGGAGGAGGAGGAGGCGGAGGCGGCGGCAGCGGCGGGGGCAGGCGCGGAGAGGAGCGUGAAGGAAGAAGUCGGAGAAGAAGGAGCAGGGGAAGGCGGGGAUGCCGAAGCAGGGGAGGAAAUGGAAACGGGGGGGGAGGAGGAGGAGGAGGAGGAGGAAGAAGAGGAAGAGGAGGAGGCACAGACAGGAGCAACCCUGAUGGAAACCGAAGAAGAGGCCCCCGGGGAUACACAAGAGCGAGAAACGCCUGAAGACGAGGGAGACGGAAAAUGAAGUGUACCGGAUUCUUUUUUUUCUUUUUUUUUAACGAAGAACGGAAGGAAACGAUGAAGGAAAAAACAAACAAACAAACAAAACCACAGUUUGCUGUACAAUAGAAAAUUUAUUGUCGAAAAAACACGGUUGCUCGGAUGCUGUUUCAGUUCACUACUGUGUAUAAAUCCAGGUGUGCCUGAACUCAAAAACUAGUACCUUUUCCACAUGAAAAAUUUUCAGUGUUAGAAAUUGUUUGUAAAAAUACUUAAAGUUUAAUGAAAAAAAAUGCAUAUACUGACUUUGAAAGCUAGAAUCAACAAGUUUUAGAUAAUGUUUUAUUACUAAGACAUCAUGGGUCAUUUCUUUUAUCAGUGUUACUAAUUUCGUCAUUCAUGUUAUAACCUUUCAAGUUGUACAGUUGGGAGAGAUUUCUAUACCUUUUUAUUGCCAAUGAAAUUUGCUAAACCAGUAUUUUGUUAAGUUGGAAAAAAGAACUCUGCACUACAGUAUUCCUGGUUUACCUAAGGAUACAACAUGCUUCAGUGUUGUCUACCCUUCAGUAUUAUCGCACUAGAGUAGUUCUCGAUAACAUUAGCCAAUGUUAGUAUAGCAUUUGUCGAAGUGGAUUGUUAGCCUUAAGAAAAGAAAAUAGUUUAUGCUCUGGGGAAAAAAAAUGUGGCAUCUGAUACUGUUAGAAAACUUAUACCAGGGAACAGAAUAUCAGAAGUAUUAAAGCCAGCAAUUUUUAUUUAUUUUUUUUUUUAUUUUGCAUUCAGUGUUAUAAAUUCAGAAGAAGCAAGACAAAUUAUGAAACAAAGCAUUUGAAUCCCCCAGCCUUAUGCAAGACCUGUGUGCUGUAAGUGCCAUUGAACAGUGUUAUUUUGUAAUAAGUGGCUGUAGCCAGUCUUUCUUUUAUUGUUGGGCCCAUAUUAACUAAACUUUGUUUGCUGUCUCAGUCGCAUCAAGUAUCCAAUCCCAAGAGGUUUUAUAUGCAUCCUGACAUUUGAAAUGUUAUUAAUUUUAAUUAAGCAUUGUUUUCAUUUUACAAAUGCUGCAUGCAGUCGGGUUGGCUGGAAGAUAGGGUGAAAACAAAGUAUAUACAUGGGGUUGGUUGUGUACUUUUCCUACCCUGGAAUGUCUGUCCUUUUAGGUUCCAUGCACUUGUUUAAUAAUGUUUGUGGCAAACUAGCCUGUAUUUCAGUUAACAAAUGCUAGUGAAUAUGGUCCCUAAAUAUUAAGUGUUAGAUGGUUUUACCUGUCAGUAUUAUUUUAAGUUUUGUUUUAUCCUUUAGAAGUUUUUUAUGUUAAUGCAAAAAAGUGUGUACUGUAUGUUUCAAACAAUGGCAGUAUUAAUACCCUACUCACUGAUAUAUGUACCAGUUUAGUUUUAGAAAACUUUUAUAUUUAUGUGUCUUAUUUUUAUAUUUCUUUAUGGUUAUUUAUUACACAAUGUAGUGUAUAAUACUGUAGUUUGUAUUAAUACAAUAAUAUAUUUUAGUAUGAAAAAUAAUUUGGAAGGUUGUUAAGAUUUCCAAAGUUAGAAGUGAAGUUCUGGCACUUGAGGUUUGUUUUAAAAAAAAAUGUCAGCAUUUCAGUUUGUCUUUAGAGAUACACCUUCAGCAAAAGGUUGGAACCUGUUAUCUUUCCAUCCAUUAUCAAGUUGGUUUUACUUUUUCCCACUUUAAUAUUAAGCUACUGAAUUUUGAAAACUAACUGUGUGACUAAUAGCAUGAGAUGUUGCUGUUGUAUUGAAGGAUUAUCCUAACCAUGAAGCUGUACUGUCCUUUAUGAAGCCAAAAUUAUAUUGACAUACCUUUUUAUGUUUUAUCUGUGCCAAUUCUUUUCUUUGUAUGUCUAAAUCAAGGCUACAAUGUCUUUUAUACGUCCCAAUUUAAUCCAUGGUCAUUUUUAUAGUUUUUUGUUGUUUUUUUUUUUAUCUGACUGCCCAUCUCACAAUAAAAUACAUCAACAAAGCA